CAUCAACUCUAGUAUUGUGGUUUAUAUUUUGUUUGGUUAAACUCUCUAAACUUUCAGUUAUACAUAUAUCUGAGUUUUUUUUCAAUAUUAUUAUUCAAUAUGAAUCAUUUACAUGACCAUAAUUAUGUUUUACUUCUUCCCAAUCUUCCAGAAGAAAUUAUUUUAGAUGUGGAUGUGGAUGUAGAUGUAGAUGAAGAAGUUAACAGUAAGUACUAAAUUAUAUACAUAUAUUAUAACACAUAUUUUAUUUACAGUUCAAGAAUAUGCGACAACAUACACAAUAAUUCCUGGUGUUAGACUUAAGUCACAAAUAUUUGUGGACAAUUUAAACUACAGGUAUUAUAAAAGUAGAAGUCGAAUUAACAAAAUAUACCUAGUCUGCGAAAAUCAAAAAAAUCGAACAGCAUUUUGUCCUGUCACUGCGUAUGUGAAUACAAAUAUAAAUGACAAUGCAAUAACAGUAUUAGGAUUGCACUACCAUGCACCUAGGUUAGUUGAUGUUCCUAUGGUUCAUUUAAGAAGAGCUAUUGGUAUAACUGGAACAAAACCUGGAAAUAUGUCCACCUCAGUUAGAGAAAUUUAUAACAGAGAAAUAGUUGAAAAUCCAGAAGGUGCAACAAACUACACCUAUUUACAAUCACAAAUGUGUGUAAAAAAAAUGCGUCGGCGCCGUCAUCCCAACAAUCCAUCUACAGUCGAAGAACUGAUUGAUACCUUAAGCCAGCAUCAAAACUCAGCGUAUGGAACAACAAUGCAGAAUCCGUCUUCAAAUUUUUUUCAACAACAUUUACCGUUUAUGGUAGAAGGCGAACGGGUUGGCGUCAUAUUCUCAAAUUUAGAUGCGAUUCAAAAAUAUAGAGAAGAACUGCUAACUGUAACCUUUGCAGGAAUUGACGGCACAUUUAAAACGGUACCAAAAAGUCCACCACAGCUAACCAAAGGCUGUUUAUUAACAUUUCAAGUGGUUCUAAAAAAUGUAUCUUUUCCGAUGGUUUAUGGGCUGACUUCCCGAAUGACUCAAGCUACAUACGAGUCAUUCUUGAGGAUUGUUCGUGAGGUUUUGCCAUUGAAUUAUGCCCGGUUAACAAUCAUAUCUGAUUAUGAAAGGGGGUUAAUAAAUGCAGUAGAAUCAACCUUUCCUGAAAGCAGAUUUCAGGGUUGUUGGUUCCAUUACUGUCAAGCUAUUGUAAGGUAUUGUAGAAGAAGUCUAAAUAGUAUUUACCAUUUAUUCCAAUCGAAUCCUGAGGCAGCUACAAUAUUGCGCAUGAUCUUAGCUUUACCACAUUUACCUGCUCAAGUACAUCCCAAUUGUACAUUUACAAUACAUGAUGGAUUUUGGGUAAUUGUUGAAUUUGCCAAUCAAUAUCCGAAUAUUUAUCAACAGAUGGAAGUAUUUCUGAAUGGUUAUAUUCAGGAAUUUUGGCUUACACAAAUUGGCGCUGACUCUAUAAGCGUCUAUGGUUCAGAUAUACGCACCAACAAUUACCUAGAAUCAUUUCACGCUAUGUUACUCAAUCAAAUGGGAAAACAUCCAAAUAUUUGGGAUUUUUUGCAAAAAUUGUUGUUGAUUGAAAAUCAAUUUUAUGUUGAGAUGGACCAAGUUCGAAGAAAUCUAACAGUAAGAAAUCAUACAUCUAGAGUACAACGGUCAGAUGCUACUCGGAGGGUUAGAGAGUAUAUUGAUACUCUCAAUGACGAUGGGAAUCUCUUAAUGUUUCUCCAAAGAGCAGGCCAUAUGAUGGAUGGGUAUCUGCAUGGACAAGUUGGCCCACAGCCAUGAUAACCUGAGAAAA